AUGAUGUUUAGAAUCGUGUGUUUAUGUUUCCUUGUGUUUCAUCUAAAAGUGUCACACACCCUUCAAAUCAUUGCUAUAUCCGUACCAAGUAUGAAACAACGUGGAGAAUCUGUCACUCUGACUUGUGACUACGAUUUGGAAGGAGGGAAGUUAUACUCAGUUAAGUGGUAUAGGGAUAAUGAGGAGUUCUACAGAUAUAUGCCGCGUUUGAGGCCUCCACAACACGCGCAUAGAUUGGAGGGUGUUAAAGUUGAUCUGGAGAGGUCAAGCGCUCGGCGCGUGCACCUUCGGGACCUGACGUUAAAGUCCCGAGGCCUCUACCGCUGCGAAGUGUCUGAAGAGGCGCCCUCUUUUCACUCCGCACAAUCUGAGGCUUUCAUGGAAGUUUAUUAUUUCUCGCGUGAAAACCCACGCAUAGUUGGGCAUGAACGAAUAUAUGAAUUACAUGAGCCACUGGACGUCAAUUGCACAUCGGCUAAAGCAUUUCCAGCACCGGCUUUAGAAUGGCAAAUGGAUGGACAUAUGGUAUCGGAUAGAUCGUUGUUGAUAGAAUACGAUCCUGAACCAAUACCACAAGGCUUUUAUAUUUCAACUUUGGGUCUUCGAGCGCAGGCCAGGCCUCAUAUGCGGGUGCGAUGCAUUGCCAGCAUAGGAAAUCAUAAGCGGGAGAGAACAGUUAUAAUAGAAACCAAUUCAUCGAAUCGCCACAUAGAAACGAGCUUUAGUCCAAUAAUGAUUAUCAUCAGUAAUGUAUUUUUAUAUCAAAGUUUAUCAUGA